AUGAGUGCUAAACGAAAAUUAACAACUUUAACUUUACAAGAAAAGUUCGAUGUUAUUAACACGGUAAAAACUGGGAUGAAGAAAAAAGACGUAGCAGCUCAAUACGGGAUACCUGCUAGUACUUUAUCAACCAUAAUUAAAAAUGAAGCUGAAAUUUUAUUAAGGUACGAGAAAAGUGGAAACAUAUCAUACAAAAGAAGACGAGUGGCUGAAUUUCCUGACUUUGAAGAAGGUCUACUGACCUGGUUUAAGCAGUGCCGCGACAAAAACAUAAGUGUAUCUGGUCGUGUUUUACGCGAGAAGGCUGAAGAAUAUUCGAAACUGCUUGGACACAAUUCUUUUCGUGCUAAUAAUGGCUGGUUGGAUUACGAGCCAAAAGAUAUAUUUAAUGCUGAUGAGACCGGCCUUUUCUUCAAGUGUCUACCUGACAAAACACUGAUUUUUAAGAAUGAGAAAUGCUAUGGUGGAAAACAUAGCAAAGAGCGAUUGACAAUAUUGCUAGCAACAAAUAUGACAGGAUCAGAAAAAUUGAAACCGUUAGUUAUUGGGAAAUCUAAAAAACCACGUUGUUUUUCUGGCUGUAAAUCUUUGCCAUUGGACUAUGAAGCUAACACGAAAGCCUGGAUGACAUCUGAAAUAUUCAAGGAAUGGCUACUGAAAAUUGACAAAAAAAUGAUUAAGGAUAAACGUAACAUAUUGCUUUUCAUUGAUAACUGUACAGCUCACAACGUAAUUCCACCAUUAAAAGCCAUAAAAGUUAAAUUUCUGCCGCCGAAUACGACAUCUAAACUACAGCCCCUAGAUCAAGGAAUAAUUAAAAAUUUCAAAUCCUAUUAUAGAAAGGAAGUUGUAAGAAAACUUAUAGGUGAUAUGGAACAACAUUCAAAUUCACCUAUUACUGUACUGCAGGCAAUGAGGAUGGCAGAUAAAGCGUGGAGGAGUGUAUCUGCAAGAACAAUAUCGAAUUGCUUUAACAGUUGCGGAUUUUCGAUGCCACUUAAUACGUCUACUCCUGAAGAUGUUCUUAAAGAAGUUCUUGAAGAUGCUAAUUUAGAUGAAUUACAAGCAGAUUGGAAUCAACUUCAAAACAUAGAAGUUCAGUUCGAAGAUUACGUGACUUGUGAUGAUGAUCUAGCGACCACUGGAACGCUGACUGAUGCUGAAAUAAUUGACAUUGUAAAUCAGAAUGAUACUGUUAAUCCAGAUGACCUCGAUGACGCUGAUUUAUCUAAUUCUGAACCAGCAAUUACAACUAAACAAGCUAGAGAAGCAGUUGACACACUACGAUCCUAUGUCGAAAGAUGUAUUGACAUUGAGGAUCAUUCUAAUCUUCUUGCAAAUUUCGAACAUCUUGUUAAGUCGAAAACUCGUUAA